AUGCAGGAGGAGCAGGAGGAGCUCCAGAGACAGCGCCUUCUCCUGGUGGAUGAGCUCUCACGCUGCCGGGAGGCGGCGGACAGGGCCAACCAGGUGGCUGUGGCUGAGCGCCAGCGCCUGCUGCAAGCCCUGCAACUGGCAGAGGGGCAGGCCGCCCAGAGCCGGCGCGAACGAGAGGACGCGGGAAGGAUCGCAUGCGAGGUCGAGGAGCUUUCACAGGCUUCCGUCCAACAGGGCAAUCUUCCGAUGCAGGUGUCUCUUUCUGGCAUGGGCGCCGUGGGGCAGGCAACUCCAGAAGAAGCUACCGCCGGAGUCAUGGAAACGAUAGGUUGGGACCCGCAGGGGCAAGGUGAGGAAUUCGGGGAGCACGUGGCUGAAAGCGAGCAUGACAGCAAGCUCCCAAGCCUCGCAAAUGACGAGGCACAGCAUGAGGCACGUGAGAAGCAGCAGGAGGCUUCACUCCCCGCCAAAGUUGAGGCAGCAGAAGCAGCAGCAGCAAGCAGCUUCGAUGCCCGCGGGGUCUCCCCGGAGCCAGCGGCCAAAGAGCUGCCGACCUUUCGGGCAGAGAUGCCAGAAGCAGCCAACGAGCCCAGCGCGGAGCCGCAAGACGAGGGGGACGCCAUAAGCGAGGGGCAGCGGAAGUCUACGGUUCCCGUGGCAGUCGAGGAGGUCCAAGUAACAGAGCCCAGCAUUGUGACCAUUCAGAAGCCAGCCCCUGGCCUGCCCCAGAGCCGUCGGCCAGAGCAGCGGGCGGCUUCCGACCAGGCGCGUGCG